AUGAAUAUUCCCAUGAACAUCAAGCUUAGCGAUGCCGAGAGCAAGGUGCUGCACCUUGGUGCUGUAGAAGUAGAUCGAGAUCUCGCUUCGGAUGUGUGGGCGGUGGGGAAACUCCUCACCAGAGACCCUGCUGGUUAUACCUUUCGAGUAUUAAAGAGCGUUUUGCAACGCCUAUGGGGUGAAUCAAACUAUGUGGAUGUCAGGGAAGUUUCACAGAACCUGUUUCUGUUCCGGUUUGUCAAUACCAGAGAACGAAACUAUGCGGUCCGAGGUGGACCUUGGAUCUUUGAUCGGCAGAAUGUUGUUCUGGAAUUUUUCCGUCCAAACGACAUUCCAUCUCAGGUACCACUUGUCAAGGUGCCAUACUGGGUGCAAGUCCAUGGUCUGGAGGUCUGGCUCCGCAAGGAGAAAAUUGCCUUGCAACUGGGAGCAGCUUUUGCAGGAUACAUCGGAUGGGACAGAUCGGAUGCUAGUCGGUUUGGGGACUUUUUCAGAGUUAGAGUGUGGGUGGACGUCACGGUCCCACUACUCAGAAGUCAGAUGUUGAUGUCAGAUGGAGGCAAACCCUUCCAGGUCUUUUUCAAGUAUGAAAAACUGGGUAUGCUUUGCUUUCGGUGUGGGUUCAUGGACCACUUGACCCAAAAUUGUAACAUUGCGCCUGCAGCUAAUGAGAGUCGCUCUACUCUCCCAUAUGGCCUGUGGCUAAAGGCUGGGGACUCAGCGCAACCGUAUGGCAGAAACAGAAAUCGUGAGGGUGAGGGCAACCGCAGGUACCACAGGUCGUUUGGCUCCAACCAGAAUAAUGGAGCUGGGAGCUCUUCCUAUCGGAGGGAGUCAAACAUGGAGGAGCGCCCGACGGGAUCAAACUCGCGGGCGGGGGAGAAUAGUGACAGUGAACUUCUGGAUGUUGAUGAAGAGUUGCGUAAACUGGCUGCAGAACAGGAUGGAGGGGUGAACACGUUAACCCCGCACCAGCCCAUCAAUUUGCAAAGUGAGGGAACAGUGGUGAAUGCUCCAGGGAGUGCGGCGGUUCCGCAGCCUACUGGGGACAGCAAGGAAGUUUUCUCCUUCACAACACAAUUUGAACAUGAGUUUCCUAACAGAAAGCGAGGUGGGGUUUCUUUGGCCCCUCAUGUGAUGGGUAGUACAGGGGCAUCACCCCCCUCAUAUUUUAUGCAUGGUUACUGA